CUCGUCGUGCAUUACUGCCCAGCUAAUCCUUAUGAUCUGUGGGUUUGUGUUUAGAUUCGCCUUUCCAUUUGUCGCUGCUCUCUCUCUCUCUAUUUUGCUAGGUCUUGGUCUUCUUUUCAGAUCGAUCGCGUCGCUGGAAGAUGGCUGAAUCUAACCGCCGAUCCGAUGAGAUCAGCCAGGAGCAUGAGGUGCCGAAGCUCAAGUACCUGGAUUUCGUGCAUGUGGCGGCGAUGCAGGCGGUGAUGCACUUGGCGAGCCUCUACGACUUCGCCAAGGAGAACUCUGGCCCGCUGAAGUCCGGCGUCCACACCGUGGAGGGCACCGUUAAGACCGUCAUCGGUCCCGUCUACGAUAAGUUCCAUGACGUCCCCCUCGAGCUCCUCAAAUACGUCGAUCGCAAGGUGGACGACUCGAUUCAGGAGCUAGAGCAGCACGUGCCAACGCGGGUGAAGUCGGCGUCGGCCCAGGCGUACACGGCGGCGCAGAGGGCGCCCGAUGUAGCGCGGUCCGUAGUCGGCGAGGUCCAGCGGUCCGGGGUGUUGGCGACGGCGGCUGGCAUGGCGAGGGCGGCGUGCAAGCGCUACGAGCCGGUGGCCUGGGAGCUGUACAAGAAGUGCGAGCCGGUGGCGGAGAAGUACGCGGUGGCGGCGUGGCUGUCGCUGAACCGGCUCCCGCUGUUCCCCCAGGUGGCGCAGAUCGUGGUCCCCACGGCGGCGUACUGGUCGGACAAGUACAACCGGGCGGUGGGGAGCGCGGCGGAGCGGGGGUACGCGCUGGCACAGUACAUGCCGCUGGUCCCAACUGAAAGGAUCGCCAAGGUCUUCGGGAACUGGGCGCCGGCGUCGCCGAUGGGCAACGUGGAGCCGGCGUCGCCGGUGGCGCCCGUGGCGGUGGAGUGAGGCUGAACGGCGGUGGCUGGGAAUGGGGAGUUGGAUGCCCAUGGAAUGAGGAAGACGUUUGAUGUAAGAAAUUGUGGGGAAAAACUUUUCUUUGUUUCUUUAAUUUGGAAGUUUGUUUGUUGCUGUGGUGGUGGAUACGAGUGGGGUGUGUGGGUAGGAUGGACGGGCUUUUCUUGUGAAUGGUUUUCAAUGUAUUAGGUUAUCUAAGCGUUUCGUGCAAGGCCUUAAGGCUGCUCAAUGGUUUAAUAAUAGUUGCUGGAAGUUGGACUGCUUGUUAGCAGUAGGCCACCAAAAUUUGGAUAA